AUGCGGAAUAUGGUUUACGCCUCCCUGAGGGCUGUGUCGACGUCGGGACCAGCUGUCGCCGUCUGCCCCACCGCAGCGCAGAGGGACCGUCGGUGUCGCCGCGGCGGCGGCCAGUGCCGAGUGCGGCGUCGGCGGGCAGAGAGCGUUGCUGGCGCGUCGGUGGCCGCUCGGCGCGGCAGCCUGGCAGCUACUGGCGCCGCCGCCGCCGCCGCCGCCGCCGCAGGCCCGGGCGGCCCGCCGUCCCCGGCCAGCAGCGGUCGCAGCCAGCGCGCCCGCCGCCCGCCUCCUCUGCGCGCACGUACGGCGCGCAUCGCCCCGCCUCCCGCCGCCGAUGGCAACACGCGGACCGGCGAGCCACCGCGGCGCCUCGCAGGUGCACCGCCGCGGCUGCUGCCAUCCGGGGCGAACGUGAGCCGGUAG